CUGUGGGGAAGGAUGCACGGUGUCGGGCCUGGCUUCUCCGUGCAUUCCCUCCAGGCUGGCCUCCGUUGAGGUCGGGCGAGGAGGAGGAGCAGGCGAGAGGGGCGGCGGCGCGGAUGGCCCGUCGCUGAGGCUGCCGCCCAUGCACUGCUCCUGCUUCCAGGCGCUGGUGGCGGCGCUGGCGCUGGUGGCCGGCUUGCAGCUGCUCUACUUGGCGCUGUUGUCGGGGCUGCACGGCCAGGAGCAGCGCUCCCGCUAUGCCGAGCUCUUCCAGGGCCGACGGGCGCCGACGGCCCGCGACGUCCACAAGGAGCGCCUCAAGCAGGUGUUGGCCAGCGGCGGCGUCCUGGAUGCCAGUGGCCAGUACCGCGUGUAUCGGGACAUGCUGCGCGGAUCCUGGGAGGGCGAGCGCAGCCCCGACGUGGUGCUGGUCACGCACACCAGCCUGGGCAACCUGCACCACGCGCAGCGCCUGGCCGAGCGCUGGCGGGGGCCCAUGUCCGUGGCCCUGUUCGCGCCGGGCGCCGCCGAGGUACGCUUGGCCACGGCCCUGGUGUACGCGCUGGCCGCCCUGUGCGCGCCCGUCCGCCAGCUGGUGCGCCUCCACCUGGUGUGCCACGCCGACCAAGCGGCCUCUUUCCCGGAGCUGCAGGACCGCGGCGAGUUCGCCCGCCUGCAGGCCUGCGGGGAUGUGUUCGCCAAGUUGGCGCGGGUAGCCGUGGGCCGGCGCAAUUACGCGCUGGACGGCGCCAACGCCUCGUACCCGAACAACCUGCUGCGCAACGUGGCUCGGGGAGCCGUCGGCGGGCACUGGAUGCUCGCGGUGGACAUGGACAUGGUGCCCAGCGAGGGGCUGCGGGAGGACUUCUUGGCUUUGCCCGGAACUGCUGCCGAGGAAACGCCGGGGGUCUUCGUUGUGCCGGCUUUCGAGAUCCGCCACACCCGCCGGAUUCCGGGCACCAAGACGGAGCUGCUGCAGCUGUACCAAGUGGGCGAGAUCCGGCCGUUCUAUGAGGAGCUGUGCCCGCGGUGCCAGGCGCCCACCAACUACUCCCACUGGCUGAAUCUCCCCGUCGGAGGCCCCCUACGCGUGGCCUACGAGGUGGAGUGGCGGGACCCCUGGGAGCCCUUCUACAUCGGGGCUAGUUCUGUGCCCCCCUACGAUGAGCGCUUCAAGCAGUAUGGCUUCAACCGGAUCAGCCAGGCCUGCGAGCUCCACGUGGCUGGGUACCGUUUCUCUGUGCUGAGCAAUGCCUUCCUGGUCCACAAGGGCUUCAAAGUGGCAAGCGAGUUCCACGCACAAAAGGAUGCCGAGAAUCAGCGCAACAAGCUGCUCUUCCGGCAGUUCAAGCAGGAACUCAAGACCAGAUACCCCAGUUCACCACGGCGGUGCUGACCUCACGUCUACCUUUGUGGAAAUAGAGCGGAGCCUCUUAGCUGGACAGCAAGGGGAGCCUAGUGUUGCACACUGUCUCAACAGAAACGUCUGACUCAGGAUGAGAACCACUCCUGUGCCAAUUGGAGGGGGGGGAACGGCAUAGUGACUCGCUGACCUGCUCGCUCCAAAUGUGUUCGUUGCUGCUAGAAGUAUUUGUGCUAAUUUGGGGGGGGAUUUGUGUAUGCACAUACAUACACACACUGAGACCCCUUCAGGUAGGAGAAUACCCCCAUUGAGUGCUCUGUGUGUGUGUGUAUGUAGUUUAAAAAUAAUAAUAUGGGGGUUUGCCUCAAUCUCACAGACAUCUCAAGGGUUGAUUCAGAAGGUCAAGCUUGUUGAAGGUGAAUUGCCAAUCCCAGCCAAAAAACUAGGAAGCUAGUUCACUUCUGGGGUGAGCGAUGAUGGGGAACCUGAGGCUCUCCAGGUGUUAUUGGACUCCAGCUCCCUUCAGGGAACAUGGCCAGUAGUCCGAAAUAGUAGGAGUUGUAGUCCAGCUAUCGUUGAUGUAAACACUAGCAGGUUGCUUUUGAUGGGUGUUCAUAAUUUUACACAGAGAAACACAGUGACCUGCGGGAUUAUCCAAAAUAGUAGAGCUAGCCCGCUCUGCCAUUUUUUAAUUCCUGUAGAUGGGGG